UAUAGUCGCCCAUCAUGUUUUCAUUGUAUUGGCCUUGAUAUUAAAUGAGUAUUAUUAUUAUAACUAUCACAAAAGCAAACUUUAUACCGAAAAAGGGUAUUUUCUUUUUGGUUUUUGUGCAUAACUAACUGGAAAAUAAUAGUAUAAACUUUAGGACAAAGAACGACAAUUUUUUUGUAGAGUCGUGUAAUAUAUUGGUGUUUGGCUACCAACGCCACAGGCGGGCUUUUAAAUAGAUAUUUAUUUGGUUACCAUAGGCAACUGGUUUUAUUUCAUGCAGCACAAUUACUUUACCGCGGUUGUAAAUGCAAGUAGUGAGUAUUUUUCUUUGAAGAUGUCUUAAGAUGGCAUUUAAAAUUACUCUUGUCUCUUCUAAAAUAAAGCAUUUGGCAUAACUGCAAAGCGGAGAUAUUCAGAAUUACCUACUUACUGUACAAUCUAGUAUCUACAAAUUAAAAUAAAGACGCGCAACGCACUGAGAUAUUUCUAAAUUUGGUUUGAUCAAUAUCAAAUAGCAUUAUCAAGAAAUAAAAGUAAAUAAUUGAUUCUAAGACAUGAACGACAGCGAACUAGACUGCUUAAAAACAGAAUUGGAACAUGAAAAAAAUUGCAGAGAAACAGCAUCAUGGCAGAAUGGUGAGAUUCAAAAACAAAUCGUUUGUAUUCAAGAGGAUUUGCGCAAAGUUGAUUACCCUUGGGACUUCGAUAACGAUUUGCAGAAAGAAAGCGCAAGGCACCGACAGUUACUGGAAGCCAUCGAAACUUUGCGUGAACAACUCCCAUUACUGAGAGAAAAAAUAAGAAAUGCCAAAGGUUGCGGACCAGAUUGCAAGCUUAAACAUGAUGACCUAAAUAUAAACUUAGAUAUUCUGACUCCGGCGGAGUUACUGCGAACGGUAAAACGUUUUGAAAGAUUAAGGACUGACCUCGUGAGCACUUUGCGCAGUAAGGAGUGGAGGCUCGAUUCGGAAUCUAAGUUAUUCGUGAGAGUCAGCGAUCAGCGCACGUAUUUGCAGAACGAGUUGAUGAUUUGUCAAAACAACAUCUCGCGCCUUCAGAGAAACGGAGUCUAUUGGCAAAAUAUCCCGCGCAAAUACGACGAAAGAGUACUCGAUGCAAAGCGCGGACCGAUCAAGAAAAUCUUCUGCAACGAUCGUCUACCACCUAUCGUCACUUAACUUGUCGUCUUCACAUUCUUAAAUAUUCAUUAUUAGGUACCUAAGUUCACGCAUCUUUGAAUUAUGGUCGCAAAAGACAGAGAAAAAUAGAAGUACGCCUUUUAAAGAAAAUUCAAAUGAAUCGGUCUCGCUACUCAUCGAGUACAAGAGAAGAGAUAAGAGAUAAGAGAGCGUCAUUUCCACUUUUAGAUAAGGCACGUAUAGUCUACGAGAACUGAAAAUUAGAAGCAUGCAAUAAGUAUAAGAAGUUAAAUAUUUAAUAGUUAAAGCAAUGUGUUUCUUUACACAAAAAUAUAUGGAUAACGUGAGU